AUGGCCGCUGCUUGCUCCUACCCUCCCUAUCCUCCACCGCAGUCGUGGGACGUAGGAGAUCGUCCGUCGUUGACGCGCGGCAAAAACGACGCUGUGCUGGCAUCUCACGGUUCCCGGAACGGCAGUGAUCCCUCAAGGGGCGUCGGCGAUCAGCAGCUCCGACAUCGACAUCAUCACCAGCAACACAGCCACCACCCACCCGGUAGGAGGAGGAGUCGCGAGAUGGACGAGGUCCCCGCCCUGGGACACGUUGUACAGGAAAAUAAAUUUCGCCAAGGCAAACCUUCGGAGGGCGGCAGACCAGCUGGGACGUUCGGCAUGCUCGCAAGGCAACGCGUAGAGCCGGCUCCCAUCCUCAAGCGAUCCUUCUCGACACCAGCCGUGCAUACCAUGGUGCAGGAUUCCGCAGCCACGACGGCGGCGGGGGAGAAGAAGCGGAACAAGUUGGGGUACCACAGGACAUCGAUAGCCUGCAACCACUGCCGACGCCGAAAAAUUCGCUGCAUCGUAUCCGCGAACAUACAGAACCGAUGUGAAAACUGCAUCCGACUCAAGAAGGACUGCAGCUUCUGCCCUGUCGACCAGCAGCAACCGCCGACGGGGGACUCCCAGGGCGGCGGCGGCGGCGGCAGCAUCGGCGGUCAAGGGACGGGGAGCACGCACUCGCAAUCCUCGUCGCCGGCUCUCGCGCCGGGGAACCCGCCUGGCAUCGCGUCGGGAUCCAUCUUCAGCACCGGGCCGGGGGCGCAAGACCCCGCCGGUCUCGCUGCCGGCCCCGUCCUCAUGCCGUCCAGUGUUGGAUAUGCCACCAUCACUGGCGGCGAAGAGAUGGGACUGAGCAUUCCGAACCACCACCCCGAACAACAACAAAGCUUCAGCGUCUCCCCGAGAUCGAGCUUCACCUGGGCGUCUGCCGAGCCGAGCCCAAUAGCGCUACCCGGAUCCAUGGAGAUGACCUACGGCUGGCAUCAGUUCGGCAACGAGCCCGCCGCCGCCGCCGCCGCCGCCGCGGAGCAAGCAGCACCGUUCGGACCCGACUCAGCAGCGGCCACCCAGUCCGCUUGGAUGGCGACGACCGAGGCCGCGCAGAUGCACAACUGGAACUGGGCCAACGGCGUAAGCGCCGCCGCCCCGACGGCGGCGCAGACGAGAUCGGUGUCGUUCAGCAACGAGCUCAUCGGCCAGCCGCAGCAGCCGUUCGUGUCCGCCGCGGGCGGCGUACUAUACGAUGGAGGGGUGCCCUCGACGGCUCCGAUGAGCUUGGCCCCGGGACCGGCCCACCUACCACGACAAGCCGGCGACCCGAGCGGUAGUUGGGGGGCGGAGCAGCAGCAGCAGAUGCUCCAGCAACAGCAGCGCGGGCAUGAUAAUAUGGGAUUCGAACCUUGGGACGUUCUACACAACAACGGCCCUCCUCCAAUGUGA